UAGUCUCAAAGUCUCUUGUGAGAAAGGAUUUCUUUCUGGAAAUCAAGUAACAAAAGAGAGAGAGAGAGAAAAACAGAGAGAGAGAGUAAAAUGAAACUUUUCUUCAGUCCAGUAGAAACAGAUGUGGAACAGAAGGAGGAGCAGAUCGAGGCUGGAUCCUCCUCCUGGACUGUGAGUUCUGCAGUUCUGGAUCAUCAGCAGGAGCUCCGGGUCCGGUUCACACUGUGCUGUUUCUCUACAGACCGCUUUAUUCUGCUGAUCGAUCAGCGGUAUGGAGUCCUGUAGCUCAGUGAUGAAGCUCUGUAGAUCUGCUCUUACUGUCCCGCUCUUACUGAUCAUCAUCACUGGAUCUGUAUUAGCUCAUCCUGUAGUGAAGGUGGAGUUUAAUGGUACUGCUGUUCUGAACUGUACUGUGAGAUGUACUGGAAUUGUCAGCUGGAAUAAUUCCACUGAUCUUCUGGCUGAGUGUGAUCAGACUUCCUGCAGAUCACUGAAGGAGGGAUAUCAGAUGAUCUAUAAUCAAUUCCUGCAGGGAGAUUUCUCUCUGAUCAUCACUGAAGCUGAUUUCAGUAAGAGAGGAAAUUACACCUGUAAAUGUGAUGGUAGAAAUAAGUGUGAUGUGGAGCUUCAGAUUGAGGCUCGGAGGACUUCAGUUCAGAUACAGUCUGGUGGAUCUCUGCAUCUGGAGUUGGAGGUAUCAGAUCCAGUGCAGGUGAAUUAUAACAGCAGUACAGGAGCAGCUGAUGGAUCCAGUGUUCAGAUCUGUAAAGUGAUUGGAGGAUCACUGCAGAGUGAACCUGAAUAUAAACACAGAACAUCUCUAUUAUCUGUUCUGGAGCUGAGAGGAGUGGAUGAGUCUGAUAGUGGAUUAUACACCAUCCGAAACACCAAUAAUCAUUAUAAUCUCCACAUCUACAACGUCACUGUUACAGCACCAGGCAGCGGGGGAGCUUCUGAUCUGUUGUGGAUUUUGAUUAUACCUGCUGUUCUGAUUUUGGUGUUAUUUGUGUGGAUUGUAUGGCAGAUGAUAAAAAUUGAGCAGCUCAAGGUUGAACUGGAAAGAGUGCUGUUAAACCAGUUAGUUAAGUGCACAGUCCAGAACAGUGACUGGAAAAAAAACAGUCCUGAAGACUGGAAACCAUCAGCCCUCUGAUAACCACUAGAAACACCCUCCCUCUCUCUCUCUCUCUCUCUCUCUCUCUCUCUCUAUAUAUAUAUAUAUAUAUCUAUUACUCUCUCUCUCUCUCUUGCUUUACCACUAAGUGUGUAUGUGUAUAACUAUACUGUCCUUUUAAACAGGACUGUAUCAGUGAAUGAACUGUUCAGUGAUCAGGUUAACAGUCUCCAGUGGUGGUUUCUUCAUUAGGGAGAUCGGGCGACGCCCCACCACAAAACAAAAAGGAGGGAAAAUUUCAGCACAUUAAACCAGUGUUAAACUAGCUGUGACUGUUCUGUUCAGCCAGUCCUGCCUCUGAAUAUCAUACACCAAUCAGCGUUAAGCUGUGUUUCCCAGAGUACUGCCUCCUUUGGGGUGAUUUACGGUCUUCUGGGCGGAGCUUUCAGAGCUGUCUGGUUUCCCAUAGACUGGAUAAAAGUUUGGGUAGCCUACCACGCUUUACUGCUGCACACUGGAGCAGAGCAGAGCCGCUACACCGCUCACUUUUUCCACUUAAAUCACGACCAGCAAGCGUUGUUGUAUUUCUCUCCUCCGCUCUCCUGCAGUUUUCUGACAUCCAGUAUUUUCUGCUCUUUACCCAAACAGGCUUUAGAAUGAGUGAUACAGGGCAUAUUUUACCCUGCAGAUGAAUCACUUUUUACACCGUUAUUCAGCUCAAAGUAGCUCCACACUUCACUGAUAGAAUCCGGAGAGCUCUGAUAUUUAAAACCAGACAUUUAGAGCUUUAAAAUUGAACAAGAAGUUUAUUAAAAACCACUGUUUACAUCCCAUAUUUCAGGUAACUCUCUGGCAGCUGCAUCUUAAACUUAAGCCACAAUAAGUCAACCGUUGAGCACUUAUUGUAAUUUAGACCAUCUUAGACUAGACCACAGUUUUGCUCUACAAGGACCUAGUGUCCUCUUAUGAGGCCGUUAUACUGUCACCUAGUGGUGGCAAAAGAGUUUAAUACGUUAGAGUUUCGAUUUUGCUCAAAAUUUUAAAUGAACAUUAAAUACUGUAAAUGUUUUUUUUUUUUUUUUACUUUAUGUCUUCGUGUUGAAGCAGCUCUUCAAAUGAGCUAAACUGCUCAAAGGGGCCCAACUGUUGUUUCUACUUUUGUUUUGCACUCCUUUGUUUGGCAAAAAAAUGUUGCAUAUCGUUACUUAUUGCGACUUCAUUGUGUUUUAUUGAAAUAUAAACCUAAAGUCCUCAUAUGUGGACAUCAUUUUUCUCAGAAACUACAUCAUGUAAAAAGAUCAUUCUUUGUUUUUACACUAAUUAGGUGGCAAUUAACCCAAAUAGCAAAGAGAAAUAAAAAUGAAUGUCAUGCAAGAGUCUGGGUCUUUAAGGAGUAAAAUGUUCUGAAUUAAGUGUGUACUGAUUGUUUUGUAUAUUGUUUUUUUUGUCUAUUUUUUCUGUACAAGCUUGAAAUGUUCAUGAGCUUCAUGCACUUGUUUGGAACUGAAGUUUCAUGAGGCUGAUUUGCUUUUAUAUGAAUUAUGUCUCUGUGAAUUAUUAUGCACUAAGUGAUUAUUAUUAUUAGUUAUUGGUGCUGGGCUGUGUCCCUCUCCACUCCUGGUGUGGAGUGUUGUGGGAAUGUUUUAAAUAUUCUACAUUACCUAUAAACUCAUACUGUACAUGUAUUUUUGUACCAAGUUUAUUGUCAAAAAACAUAAAAACAAACAAAAGUAAGGAAAACUGAAAGAGAAAAUAACAUUUUGUGCUUCUACACAAGCAGCUCAACAGCUGCCCUCACUUCAUGUUUACAGUCACCACGCUGCAGUGUAAUAAUGACAGAAAAGAACUGAGAGAAGCUGUAGAAUUCAGUAUGAGAGUAGAAUAUGAGUGAGGAAGAUAAAAACAUGUUCUGUAGUGAAAAUGAGAUGCAAUAAAAUGCAGUGAAAUUAGAGAAGCGUGAGAGAGUUAAUAACUGCAAGACCCCGUUAUAAAACCCCGUUAUAUAACCCCGUUAUAAAACAGAAAACAGAAAAAUAAUAAAAGAAAGAUUACAUAGAUACUGUUACAACAAAAUAACUUAUUUAGAGUUAUUUACAGGAUUAACAAUUAUAAUUAUUAAUGAUAAUGUACAAUAAAAGCAAAUAAGGGUGUAAAGACUUUAUAAAUGUUUAAGUAUAAGGAAUGCAUCAGUAAUAUCACUCUCUCUCUUUCUCUUUUUCAAACACACACACACACACACUGUGUGUGUUUGGUUUCUUAUGUGAGGUAGAGUAGAGAUAGUUCUGCACUAAUAUGGUAAAUGGUUGGACCUGUAUCCAGUGCUGGGCAGUUCAUUUUACCUCACAAAUAACUCAAAAUAUGCAAAAACUAAAACUUAGCAUUAAAAAACUAACCAGCACUAAAACUAAUUAAAAGUAACUAAACUGAAGGGGAGAAAGUCCAAAGAAAAUAAAAUCAAACCAUAAUGAAAAAUUAAAAACGAUUAUAACCUUGAUUUGUACUGUGUUUUUCUGUCUUUAAAGCAGCGUUAUGUAAGGAAUUGGGAUUUCUCAAUCCUGGGCUCCCCUACAGUCAGAUUUACAGUGUAAGUCAAGCUUUGAGCCUCUAUUUAAGGACACACUUUUGCACAUACCUUUCUGGACAAGCUGAGAGAUUCAGACGUGUCACUGAAAGUGAGGCUGUAGAUAUAUAUUAGAAAUAUAACAUGUAUUUACUCUGAUUUGAUUCAGGUUAUGUAGUGUUACACAGUUCUGCAGAGUGCUGUCCUGUAACGCUUCACCAAAGUUACAUAGUGCAGUUAGCAGCUUUCCAAACAUGAAGUAUCACACAUAGAGCUGCUGAUUUUCCUUUUACAGUCUGUGGAGCAUCAACAUGAUUCUAAAAUAUGAUAUUUUUGAAGUUAAAAUGGUACAUAAUGCUGCUUCAAAAGGAUUAAGAAUUAUUAAUCUGUGACCUUGAUCCUUAAUUGAUCUGAUUCUGGCGGAAUGUUUAGCUGAGUGCCGGUCAGUCAAAGUGUGUAUGUGUAUCACAUUUUGCAUGUUAUUCAGAAUAUUAUAUUUGUACUGUAUGAAAGCUUUCUAUUGCUUUGUUUUUGUGUUAAAUUCUCUUCUCUGGAAUUGUAAAAAACACUAUUACGAUCAAACCACUUAUUUCAGUUCUGUUCACACCUGGUAUUAAGAUGCAUCCUGGGUGAUCUGAUCUCAAAUGGGUAUAAAUGUUCAUUCACUCCUGGUAUUUUAAAUAUGUCUCCAGUGAUGGUGAAGCUACAUUCAAACAGCAGGUAAAAGUUCAGUUCAGUGGUGUAUAGUGGAACAGUGAGAUCUGAACUCUGAAAUAUUAGGACUGAUAUCUCUGUUCCAAUAAUAUUAGACGGCUCGUGUUGUUCCGCUCAGUGUUUAGUGAACAGGUCCUGCCUGCAGCAUCACAGAAAAAUAAAUAAAAUACAUUUUACAGCGAGGAUCGAGUGAAUUCUGAUAAACUCAGCUGCUGUCUGAACUCAUUCAUGGCUUAUGAUGAAACUGAAACUUCAUGUGAAGCAGUGCUGUUUAGAGCGUGAGCGUCAGUUACACAGUGUGGACUGUUCACACCUAUGUCAGAUAUGGGUCACAGUAAACAGACUGUGUGAACACUCAUUGGUCAGAAAAUCAGAUUUUGGCCAAAUUGAUUUGCUGUGUGAAUGCAGCUUAUAGGUCUUCCAGUGUUCUGUGAGUCUUCAGCUCUAAUCAACUAGUGAGUCACCUUUAUCCAUUAGCUUGUAAUUGUAGCUCAGCUAACCCCUUCGGAAGGUGGACGGGUAUUACACAUAAGAGAUGCAGUUAAUGUGGUACGUAUUGUUCACACUACAGUAAAAAUAAUAAUUAGUCUGAUCUCCUCUGAAUGUGAGGGUGUGGUUUGAAUGAUGGGAUUAUGUGUACAUUUUUAUCUUUUUAUUUUAGAGUUUUUUCAUUAUAUAUAUAUAAAUGUACUAUAUAAAUGUUAGUUUAAAAUCUGUAUUUUUUUUUUUUUACUAUUUUGUUCCUUAUUAUUUCUAAUUUCUUUGUAAAUGAGGUUUACCCUCAGUGUAAUCCUGAGUGAAAAUAAAGCUUGAUUAAUUAAUUGAAA